AUGGUUACGGCCUACGGGAGUGCGCUUGGUAUCCAGCGUGGGACCCACGCGACGGGCAACCGGAACUACCGGGUGCCUUGCCGGAAAGCGGGAGGUAUCCGGUUCACGAUCAACGGUUUCCGGUACUUCAACCUGCUCCUGAUCACCAACGUCGCCGGCGCAGGGGACAUCGUGCGCGUGAGCAUCAAGGGCACGAAGACCGCGUGGAUUCCGAUGAGCCGCAACUGGGGUCAAAACUGGCAGACCAACGGCGUGCUGGUGGGCCAGGCCCUGUCAUUCCGGGUCACGGCCAGCGACCGCCGGACAUCGACUUCGUGGAACGUGGCGCCCGCUGAUUGGCAGUUCGGGCAGACCUUCUCGGGCAAGAAUUUCCGGGUCUGA